AUGCCACUAAAAUGUUUGAGCCGCGAUUCCUAUCGUGUGGGAUGGAUCUGUCCGUUGGAAGUGGAACAGAUCGCGGCAAUGGAGAUGCUGGAUGAGGAGCACGAAGCUGUACCGCAACUGAGCGGGGACACAAACAUUUACAACCUCGGCAGCAUCAACAACCAUAACGUCGUUAUUGCCGGUCUUCCUCGGGCGGGAAAUUGCUCCGCAGCUACUGUCGUCACCCAAAUGAGGAUGACAUUCCCAAACAUCAAAUACGCCCUGUUAGUCGGGAUUGGGGGUGGUGUGCCGGUCAAGACAGAUCAUGGGAUGAUCCGUCUAGGACAUGUAGUAGUUAGUGAACCUACAGGCACACACUCUGGAGCAAUACAAUACGACCACGGAAAGGCAAAGGCGUCUCACUUUGAACGUAAAGGUUCCCUCGCACCUCCGCCAACAGCCCUCCUUAACGCUGCACGAGAGGUGGCUGUCCGGCGUCAACGGAUGGAUUAUGAUCCAAUUUGGAUGAAUGUGGAGAGAAUCAAAACUGGCCGUCGGCCACUCCGUCGCUUCAAGUUUCCUGGCAUUGCAAAUGAUCAUCUCUACCUACCAGGUUAUAAACAUCAACAGGAAGGGCUAUCAUGUCAAGACGGUGGAUGUGAUAAGAAUCAGCGGAUCGAGCGACAGGUAGACGAAGACGACUCGUGUGUCGUCGUACAUAGGGGUACAGUAGCGUCGGGAGAAAUGGUGAUAAAGGACGCUCAGAUGAGAGAUGAAUUGGCGCAGGAGCAUGGGGUGCUAUGCUUUGAGAUGGAAGCCGUUGGGGCCCUAACGGAUUUCCCAUGUUUGGUUAUCCGAGGCAUCUCCGACUACUGUGACUCACACAAGGACGACGAGUGGCAUGGCUACGCAGCAGCAGUAGCGGCUGCUUAUGCGAGGCAAUUACUUUUCUAUAUAAAUCCGAACCCAACUCCUACCACCUCCGAGCUCCCGUUCAAUAUAUCCGAGAUAUCCGAAGUAAGCCAGUUUGUUGCAAGAAAAAAUGAGCUCAGAAAAAUGCAAGAGCUCCUUACAGGAACUGUUAAACGCCGCACCGCUAUCGUGCGUGGCAUAGAGGGCAUUGGCAAGACGCAGCUAGCAAUCGCAUAUAUCAAGCGACAUAGUUCCGACUACUCAGCGGCAAUAUGGAUGAAUGCGAAGGAUGAAACAGCGCUAAAACAAAGCUACGCUCGCGUAGCUGAGUGGAUUCUACACUAUCACCCGCCUAUAUCAUACAUUGUGGGUGCCCUGCAGAGCCGGGACCUAGGCGAGAUAGUGAAAGUUGUCAAACGAUGGCUAGAAGAACCGACGAACAGUCGCUGGCAAGUCUAUGUGGGAAUAAAGGUGAAAAAUCUUAUGAGGGCUUUUGAUCUUCACAAUUUUCUGCCCGAGACCGACCAUGGUGCCAUUGUUGUGACCACGCGGUCAUCUAUGGUAAAGCUAGGACAGGUUAUUCCCGUAAACAAGUUGGAGAAUAUCAAUGAUAGUCUCGAAAUCCUGGCUUCCGUCUCUGGUCGUGAUAUCUCAAAGCAAGACAAGGCAGCUGUGAAUCUUGCAAAAGAGCUUGAUGGGCUUCCCUUGGCCCUUGCGACUGCUGGCGCAUAUCUAGAGCAAGUUUCGGUAUCCUAUACCGAGUAUCUCCAGCUGUACCGUGAAUCAUGGCGGCAAUUACAUGAAGCGACUCCACAACUAAAAUCAUACGAUCAAAAAUUAUACUCGACAUGGAAUGUCUCGUACCAGGCUUACUUCGCUAACGAAGACUUAUGGUUUGAGCUACUAGAUGGUGGCUCAGAAAAGCCGGAGUGGCUAGAAGAAUUAACGAAGAAUAAGCUCACAUUCCAUGGAACGUUGCGACUUUUGUGCAGUCAUGAGCUUGUAGAAGCUGAUGUGGCUACUAUAUCGCAGCGUGUGGAGUCCCGAGGGUAUCGUGUGCACGGAUGCGUCCAUUCGUGGAUGAUUAAUAUGCUGAACCAAGUGGUUGAUAGAGAGAUGGCCCGGACAGCGAUCAAAUGUGUGGCAGCGUGUGUGCCGAAGCCAGACCAGCGCGAGUUCUGGCUGAUACAGCGGCGGCUUAUUGCCCAUGCAUACAGAUGCCUAAGAAUGUUGAGAGAUAUUGAUGUUGGCGAUGAAGCUUUGGGAGUUCUACAUUCGUUAGGCCUCCUCUACGCGGAUCUAGGCCGGCACGAAGAGGCGGGGGCGACAUACGAACGAGCACUAGAAGGCUACGAGCAGGCGUUCGGACGAGAGCACGCGUCCACGCUAAAUACCGUCAACAACCUCGGAAACCUCUAUCAGAACCAAGGUCGGCUCCAAGAGGCAGAGAAGGCAUACGAACGAGCUCUGAGGGGCUACGAAAAGGCCUUCGGGCCCACUUUAGUUGCGACGUAUAUUCCUGCUUUGAACACACUUGAAAACUUUGGCCUUCUAAACGUGGAGCUGGGAAGGGUUGACGAUGCUCUGCGUUUUUAUCAGCGGGCAUUGAACGGCGCUGCGGCCGUUUUUGGGCGAAUAGCCCAAUGUGUUCACGCUUAUCCAGCAGAACAAGCUCUGUGCAGUGUGACACGUGCGGAAUCUCCGAAGGACAGUCGUCCAUGCUAA